AUGUCCAUGUAUUUGUAUCUAUUGUAUUGCCUUGCAGCGCUUGUUGCUCUUCAGACUGAUGCUAAAUAUACGCAUAAGAUACUUGGCAAACUUACAGAACAACAAGAUAAAGAUGAGGUUGUAGAUCGUGUGAAAAGAUAUACUAACGAUUUCGAAGACUACUCUGAUAAUGGACAAGGACAAAGCCAAGAUGAACCAUAUGAAGUCGCUGAAAUAGGAGUACCCGGUCCUCCUGGGAAACAGGGUGCUGAAGGAAUGAGAGGAUACCCUGGUCGAGCUGGAGACCAAGGAAAAACAGGACGUGCUGGACCUCAAGGGUUGAACGGGUCUCCAGGAACAAAAGGUGACAUGGGAGAUUCUGGGAAAACUGGUAAAAUUGGUAAAAGAGGAUCUGCUGGACAAACUGGAGAAAACGGAUUUGAUGGAGAACAGGGAUCACCAGGUGAUAAUGGUAUCCAAGGAGAACAAGAAGAAAGAGGACCUGCUGGAGAAACUGGAGCCGCUGGAGAAACCGGGCAAUUUGGACCAUCUGGUCCGACUGGACCUCCUGGAUCGAAAGGAGAUUUGUGA